AUGCACUACGCGGACGGGCGGAGCACCGCGUGCGAGGACGUGAUGCCCGAGCAGGUCGCCGGCUGCUCCGACCUCAACAUCACCGCCUUCCUCUACCGCGUCAUCCGCACCGAGGACCCCGACCUCGUCAUCUUCACGGGUCCGGCCCCCACCCACCCCCUUCCUCUUCCCUGCUCUGUUAUUCUGUUAAUACUUCGAUUGACUAGUGAUUCGUUGGUGCCGCCACUUCUUCCGAUUUCGAGUUAA